GGGGCUUUUAACUACGCCCGUUGCCAGCCUUGAGCGCUUGUCGGCCAUCCAUAACGGCAAGUAAUCCAGCCUUCUUCUCGGUCACGCGUGCUCGCUGCAAUAUUCUUUAACAUUGUAUUCGUCUCCGGCUAACGGCCAGUCACUCCACCCCACCCACGACGACGUUGUUGAGGAGCAGCCUUACGAUCAGGAUCACGCAACGUGGCUCAUUGCUGAAAGGGAGUUCGGCACUGAACCGAAGACCUUGAGAGUCCCUCGGAUGGACUGCCGAACGCGAACGUCGGGCCCUCCCAGCCCGGUCUCUCCACUUUCAGAACAUGCCGACGCCAGACCCAAGCCAGCCUCGAUGGAGAACGAGUCUCGACCUUCACUUGCCGAGGUCGUCGAGAAGACGUCGCAGAACCCUAUCCCAAAGCGACCCAGCCGGUGGUCAAGAUUGGUAGCAGACUCGUGGGUAAUCGAGCUCCUUGCAGGGGCUGUCAGCUUUGCUGCCAUUGCCAGCAUCAUUGGCGUACUUUGGGGCUACGACCAGAAGCCCGUUCCCCCGUUGUGGAAAGGAAUCACGGUUUGUCUAUCUCUAUCCGCAUGCACAAGGACCAUGGGCGGCUGACGCCUGGUUUGUAGCUGAAUGCCGUUAUCUCCUUUCUGGCUACGAUAUCUCGAACGGCAAUCAUGCUUUGCAUCGGCACCGUUCUUUCGCAAGGAAAAUGGCUCUGGUACAAGAAGGAGCGCUCCCUGAAGGAUUUACAAGACAUUGAAGAGGCGAGCAGAGGGCCACUCGGCUCGACAUUUAUGCUCUCCAAGUUCAGAGGCGGUGCUGUGCCCUACCUGGCGGCAUUCUUGACCGUGGCUACCUUGGGCUUCGAUGCAUUCGUACAGCAGCUGCUGACCACCGAAACUCGCAUUGUGCCCGUACCAGCAAACGGGAUUAGUAUCAAUUCGACAACGUCGAUGACCCUGGAUAUCUAUUCGGCGAUGGACUAUCCAGAAACGGCCGCGCAGUUCACGGCGGCAAUGCUCGCAAACGUGCAACAAGAGGACCAGCCCAUGGACAAUAUGGCUGCGUCGGUUGCAGAGCGCCGUAUGGGGAGAAAGAGAUCUGAGUCAACAAUACAGAGGCUAGCAUCGCCUCUCAAAGCUGACUGCCCCAGUGGCAACUGCGUCUGGGACCCAUACUACGCCCUCGAUAUUUGCUCGCAGUGUCGGACAACCACGAAAGAACUGGCCAUCAAGAACUUGUCGCCCAAUAGCUCGGACCUGACGGCAAUGGUGUCCGCUACGCGAAGUGGGCAAGUGUCCGGUGCAGACGUAAUGGAAUCCGGCUUCACGUGGGAAAUCGUACCAAAGUUCGGCCGCACAUGGCGGGUCCCCUCCAACCUGAGUGCAUUUGUGAACACCCGUGACCUGGAUGGCGGCGCGCAAGCGCUCGAGGUGCAUGCCUCGAUUGUGGAAAAGGUGGUCUGGCCACUCAAUUUUGCCGGUGCCGGUGCCCUUCUUCUGGACACCAGUGGCUGGACAAGGCAAGGCUUCGCAGGCAUCGACGAGCCCGUGGCAGCCAUCGGUUUUGCUGAGUUCACCAUCGACGACGAUGGGGUGCCGGCUUUGAACCACUCGCAGGAAUGCGCAGUGACGUACUGCGUCCGAGAGUACAAACCCUCUGUGGUUCAGGGCGCCUUGAUCUUGAAUGUUUUGUCCACGCAUUAUGGCAAAGUCAGUAGAGACCCAGAAACGUCAAGUGGUCUCAGCUGGUCGGCCGAAGUCAACGGAACGAACUUCAUGGCCGACUCGUUCCUGGCGUAUGGGGUGGGAAUCGGGACUUUGACGAACUACCUGUUGGGCAACAGUACGCAUAGCUACGGCGGCCAGUGUGAAGCAAACAAUGACACUUGGAGCUGCUCAAUACCCGUCACCUCGAACAGUGGAACCCUGGAGGCUUACAGCACCGAGGCGUGGCAAGGCAUCGACCUCACACCCGACUUCACGGGGGUCUUGGACAACGCAAACACCCUGACGAGCCAAAUCGUGCAGCGGUACGGCAACGUGUCUGUGGUUGGCGACAACGCCGUGACCAAGACCUUCGUGGUCGUGCGGUGGCCAUGGAUCACGCUGCCAGCGGCUAUUGUUUUGUUCGGUGUGGUGACACUCGCACUCACGCUGUGGGAAACCAGCAGGAUGCAGGCGCCAAGCUGGAAAGCGUCUUUACUGCCGCUCCUCUACCGAUAUGUCCACGUUGAUGGCAGCAGCGUUGAAGGAAGCAAUAGCCUGGGGACAGGGCCUGGCGCUUCUCGGCCGCCUACUGAGCCGGACGGUUGGUUCGCGGGUUCAAACCUCGUCAGUGAAUUCCAAGUUGAAGCGGAGGCCACAGCCACUCGCUUCACCAGGGACAGAUCAAAGCUGCACAUUUGGCAGCUACAAUCACUCGAGAUCGUGCAGAAGGACAAAAAAGAUGGUGGCGGAAGCUAAAAUGGUGGUGAACUGACUGGACACUUUGAUACAUUGCUAGUCAUAAUCUCUAAUCCGCAGCAGCAUUGAGAAUGUCGUCGCUGAUUGCUGCCCCUUGCCACUGCCCAAAGUGUAGCUGCCCGGCCAUGGUUGGUUUCAUCUUCUUAGAGGACGGC